AUGCCGAUCACCGUACCUCAUCCCUCCUUUGACUUUCCAGCUCUGGUACGCGACCGAGUUCAGGAAGAGGAAAAAUUGGCGGCCCUCGACGCCUAUGACUCGUUUGAUAGCCAUUCCCCACUCUCAUUGCCUCCCCAAACCCCGCCACCAUCCUCACCAACGCCUGAGAACCUUAGCCUUGCUGAUGUCCCCAACCUGCCUCCCCUUGAACCCGCCUCAUCCACUAAGUUGCACGCCAAACGUCAAUCGAAGAGGAACAGGCAUCUUAAGCGCCAACGUGCCAAAGAUGACCGCUAUGCCUAUGACUACGAGGUCCCUCCCCCACUCCGGUUCAAACACACACAUGCGACGGAUCCGAUCGCGAUGGAGUUUGACACAGAUUCCGCCCCCCAUGCGAGUACAGCCUACGUCGGGUUACGGGAGGAAAGUUGGAAAAGGGAGCAUACGCUGGAUGAGCUUCUAAGUCCUGAAUACAGCUUUCGGCAUUGCCCUUGGAUCGGUCAGUACAUACACCACCGAUCCCUCCGCUCGAUAAACUCAUUCCCUCCCAGCACCCCGACUCCAAUUAUUGAUCGGGAGGGCCGCAUCAUUGCAGCGUUGGCAGGACAACCCGAUGACCCUAAAUGGAAUGAGGUACACGAGGAGGCCAUCCAAUCCUUGGAAAGCCUCCGGAAGCAAUGCAAGUUUUCAGAGGAUCAGCGGAAGCACCGACGUGGCAAGUUCGGCGCCCUCAGCAUCGGCAUCUCUUAUGGAGGGGGCCAAACACAUCCCCAAAACCUUCACCACAACAAAAGCAACACCGCCGUGUUGAUGGCCCUUUUGAACACACUUGCCUUCGUUCACUUGGCUGCAUUUGCGAGCUCUGCUUUUGCUACAUGGGCUCCGAAUCUCUUUCACUACUACGCCACUCAUCUAUGCGACCUGCUCGUUCACGACGCGACCCUUGUGCUCAACUGGGCCUCCAGCAUAUUUGCAUCAGCGACCUUCAACUUUGGACCACGCACACUUUGUUUUCGGCAUACCGAUUCAGCGAACCUACCAUUUGGCUGGUGCACCAUCACAGCGCUUGGCCGUUACAACUUUCGAAGAGGGGGGCACCUAGUCCUUUGGGACUUGAAACUUGUCGUUGAUUUCCCCCCUGGUUCGACUAUUCUCAUACCCUCGGCCAUCCUCCGCCACUCGAACACUGCCAUAGGCAAACGAGAAUGA